CUAUGGAAUUUGACUGUAUGAGUACGUUGAUUUUCUUCUUUUUUGUUUUGUGUAAUUUUUCAGUCAAUCCUUCAGAAAUAUCAAUUGUGUGAUGUGCCUUCUUUUUGUUUAUAUAAAUACUGCUCCUGGUCCAAAAGGAUACCAUUUGGUAUUAAUUAAUGUAAGAGAUGAAAUUUACAAUCGUCCGACGGCAAAAGCAAUGUUUUGGGAAAAGGAACCAAAUGUAAUCGGCGGCAGGGAUUUAGAACCAGGCAGAGAAGGAGGAACGUGGUUAGCUAUGAAUAAAAAUGGAAAAAUUUCUGCAUUGUUGAAUAUACUUCAACCGGAUCACGAGCUAUCGCCAAAUAAAAAAGGAAGAGGAUUUCUCGUUGUCGAUUAUGUGAAAAAUAACCAAGAUGGUUUAUCCUAUUUACAAGAAAUAUGUGAUCAUUGUGAUGAAUAUAAUGGAUUUUUAUUAGUUACGUUAGAUUUAAGGAAAUGGACCAAUGAUAUAUUACUUUCAUACUUUACAAAUGGAAGUAAUGAGAAACCAACAUCACUUUCUUCAGGAAUUCAUGCCUUUGGAAACAGUCAUCCGAAUAAACCUUGGCAAAAAGUCACAGAAGGUCGUCAAGGGUUUGAAAAGAUUGUAAAUGAACAUCCGACGAUCGAAAGCAGAGAAAAACUUAUAGAAGAAUUAUUCGAACUGCUGAUGGAUGAUAGGUGUUACCCAGUUGAUAAACAAAUGAAAAAUCAAGGUUUUGGUAAAAGCGAAAAUUUCCUACAGAAAUUAAGUGCUAUUUUUGUAUAUUUACCAGAAUAUUGUUACGGCAGCAGAUGCCACACGGUAAUCGUGGUGGACGGAACCGGAAGAGUUGACUAUGUAGAAAGAUCGCUGAAAGAUUUUACUAAUGCUAAAGAACCAGAUCAGUGGAGCGAAGUCAGAGAGACGUUUUAUUUGACUUCCUCCGGAUAGAAUAAAAAAUAUGUAU